AAAAAAAAAAAAACACGUAAAUUAAUGGCAGUGCUUCGAGAAAGCAACAGAGGGCGCUGUUAAAUCAAGCCCAAACGAGUAAUUAACUUCCACAGUCACCAAAGAAGAAGUUAAACAGGAAAUGAAAAUGUUUGUUGCUUUUGGAUGACUUUUGAGCUUCGAAAAGUUUUCUUUAAAAUGUUUAAUUUUCACCAUGAAUUGAGUGGGUCCACGUACAGGGAUACUCACGCAUUUCCCCGGCGACUGACAAUGACAAGAAGCAGGGAUGGCUGUGCCCCAGUCUUUGUAGCCUUCGAUGAGCCCACAGCAUUUAAACUGAUCCAUCUUCACGAUGUCGGAGGGCAGGUCGGACGGGACGUUGCUCAAACCUGCCAGGAAAAAGGAGGGAUUCAUCACUUCACCUGUCGCGAAAUGGAGACAGAAGUUAAGAAGGAGAAGGACACCCCUCUUGUGGCCAAAGCAACUGAUGCUUCAGUUUUCGAGAUGUCACCUUCGGCUUGGUCUACUUUUCAGCUUCUGGAUGAGAUGCUGUCACGGGGAAAAAUGAGUCGGACAAAGGUGGACAAGUUGAAAGAGAUCCACAGGCAACUCAGCGAUGAAGUGAGGAGUGCCCAAGAUUCGGAGAUCCGGCUUCUGGAAGAGGCAAACAGGCUCCGCGCCGAGCUGAGGCGGCUGCAAGCCGACUCGGAGAGAAGCGAAGAGCCCGGUUCCUCCGCGGAGCCCGCGAGUAGGCGGUGUCUGCUGAAGGAGAACGACAUCACGGCGAAACUUGAUAUCCCACACGAACUGGAGAGCACCACUGUGACCCUGCAGGACAAAUGUGAGAAACUGAAAAAAGAAGUGGCCCACAGACAGAUGGAAAUCAGCGCCCUGAAGGAAGACAUGGAAACGUACCAAAUGCAGACACUCGAGGAAGCGAAAGAGCUGGACGAAAUGAAGAAAAUCCGACAAAUCAAAGAGGCCGAGAAAGCUCAGCUCCUCGCCGCACCUGAGCAGAUUUUAAAGGAGAUUGCAGAGAAGCGCUCCAAGAUGGAAGCCGCCGCGAAGACGCUGGAAGCGACGGACGCCCAGUUUGCAGGCGUCAGGCGGCAAGCGAAGGAGGCGGAGGAGCAAAACGAUCACCUCAGGGCACAAAAGGAGGAGCUGGCCAAGGAGCUGGAGGCUCUCCGGGCCCGAGCGGAGGCCGGACGGAGGAAGUGCGGAGAGAUGCAGAAAGAACACGACGUCGUCAGGGAGGAGGAAGCUGAGCUUCUGGGGCGCAGAGGGAUCCUGGAAAUGAAGUUGCAAAGCAUCAUGUGUGAGCAAAAGCUGCUUUGCGAGAGACAGUCCACGCAGCUUAAAGAGAAAAAAAGGCAGAUGCGGGCCUUCAAGAGGAUGGAGCGAGCGCUGACCAUGGCCACUGAACAGCUGCGGCACGCGCAAUCCACCUGCGCCGACUUGCAAGCGCAGUUGGACGCUCUUCCGAAAAGAGGGCCCGCUCUCGCGCGGAGGAUGGCGCUUCAGAAGGAAGUGGACGCGCUCAAAGUGAGCGUUGAAAAACAGUUAACAAGAGCCGACAAGGCGAGCCAGAAGCAGCAGCAGUCUGGGAUCAUUCAGGAGCUGCUGAGGCAAUCGGACGGCCUGAGAGAAGAACUGCAUCACCUCCGAUGUCUGACAAGCAUCAAAGCAGAGGAGCGGGGCCAGAAGCACCGCGAGAUGCUCAGAGCCGAGCAAAUGAAGCGGCGCAUGCAGCAGGAACUGCGAGAGAAGGAGCUCAUCGUGAUGCACCACAGCAAGCUGAGUGCCAUGCUGCAGCGCAGAGUGCGACAAUAUGGCGAACUUUACGACGCGAUCGCCGAGGAGAAGAAUAAGUAUGUCGAGUUGAAGCGGAUCGCCUCGCACGCCCUCACGGAGUUGACGGAGCAGGCCAAGGUGCUGGAAAAUGAGCUGGAGAUCCGAAAGAGUAUUGUCACCAAGAAGGACAGUCUGCUGAGCAAAGCUCAAAAGAAGGUCUCCAGUAGCAGCAAAAUGAGGGAUAAGCUACGCAACGAUAUCAACAAGGUUGCUCAGCAAAGACGUCAGGUCAGCCAGGAGCGCGAGGACAACGAAGUGGAGUUGCAGAGACUCCGGCAAGUGAUCAGCCUCCAGGAGCAAGCGCUUCUCAACGUGAACAGGAACCAGGAAGGGGCCGUACAGCGGCGCAAUUUUCUCGGCAUUCAGCUGCUGGAGCAUGAGGAGGUGUUGUUCAACUACCAGGAGAAGGUCAACUCGCAGGAGGCGGCCAUCGCCGCGGGCAACGAGGCGCUGGAAAACCUGGAGAGGGAAACCCGAGAGCUGAAGUCGGGCAUCAGCGAGGCGACGAGGCAGCUCUGCUUCCAAAAAAAGGAAGUGCUGGUCCAGAAGAAGAUGGAGGACGAGCUCGUCACGCUGCAGCUCGAGAUGUUCGAGGUCAGAGACAAGACGCUGGAUAAUCUCACCAAAACAGCAGAUUACAACGAGCUCAAAGGCACCGAUCCUUCGUCCCCCGAACUGGUCAAGAAGAUCGAGAAGCUGGAGGCCAACCUUGCCGAGAGGGAGAGGCAUCUUUUGGAGAAAGAGCUCAUCGUGGAUCAGGUGACACGUCUCUCCAAGAAUCUCCAAGAACAGAAUGACAACUGCAAACCAGACAAACUGUCGCUGGCCAAGAAGUUGAAUGAGCUGCGAAGCCACAUCAUCGACACCAGCCGCCGCUUGAUGGCGACGUCCGCAGAACUGUCGAUGAAGCAGGCGGCCGUCUUGUGCCUCCAGCAGGAAGUCAAAGAGAGAGAGCUUCAGAUGGACAGAUGCCAGAGGCGCUUGGAGCAAGGCCUGCCGCCCUGCCCUGAGAUGGAGGAAGAAUGGAGGAGGAUGCUGCGGGACAAGAAGAGGAGACAGCGAGACAAAGAGGAGCGAGAGCGGCUGGCAGACGGCGACGAGUGGAAGCGGUUGCCGAGCGGACAGUACACCACGGCGGCGGGCCGCCCCGACGCAUACAUCCCCCACGCGGACCCGCUCCCUCUGCCCAAACCCUACGGCGCGCAGGCCCCCUUCAAGCCCUGCCAACCAGGUGCCAACAUGAGACACAUCCGCAAACCGACACAUCUCAAACCCUUCGAACUGUAGGAAAAGCACUGUGCCUCCCUUUUAGCAUACCUGCUCUUGUUCUCCAUUUUUUUUUUCUGUAUAUACAGGCAAGAGCUUGUUGACAUUGCGUUUGUCUCGAAACGAGAGUGUGAGGGGAGUCUUCUUGCAAUAUAUUCCCAUUUUUGUCUCGUAAUGUGCGACGAAUGCAUCGCAGAGGGUUUAAGCCCUGAGCUUAAAGCCUCAAAGGAGAAAUGUAAAUACGGAGGGGAUGAUCACACAGUGGAAGAGAGUAGACAAUGAUGAAAAAACAUGGGGGAGGAAUUCAAGGUGGUGCCAAAAGGAAUAAGGACACUCGAAAUAUUCACUACAUUCCCAGAUUCUUCGUAGCUUGUGGAAAAAAAACUAAAAAUAAAGUCACGUCACUAAAUUGGUGUUGCUGUUGUGCAUCAGUGAUUCAGACUUUAUUUUUGUUCUUCAGACAGUUGCCAGGGGUGGAGUAGCUCCACAUGUUAUUAUUCUGGAAGUGCAUUUGGAUCUAAUCAUGAGAUGACGUCUGGUCAAAAGUUGCCGGGAACUUACAUAUUAAACUCGGAGAGAAGUUUCUGGAAUACAUUAUAUUGGAUACAUUCGUGAAAGUAGCUUACAAUUCUGGAUGUGGUUAAAGACAACUGAAAGCUUUUAUUUUUCUUAUUUUCAUAUUAGCUUUGUUGCCAAUUCCUAAAACUGAAUACCUCACAAAGAUAAAGAGAGAUUUGACACGACAUUGGCAUAA